UAAAGUAUUGGUCACAUUACAAUUUGUUGUUGUUAAAAAAUGAUGCACUAUCGUAAAGGUGAAAACAUUGAAAAACCAAUAACGAAGUCUGAAUUGCCUUUUAAAGAUUGUAUGUCAGUUGAGAAGGAUUUCCUUUGGAUGCACGUCAACGGUGGCACAAAAGUCAAUAAUGUGAUAACAUAUGCAAAGAAUGUUUUAGACAAAGGUGAACACCGUACUGUAAUGUGGAGCGGCCAGGGGGGCGGUGUAGUAAAAACUAUCUCCUGCGCUGAAAUAUUAAAACGUAGUUAUCCUCUUUAUCAAGUGACGCGCAUCUGCUAUGCUACGGUAGAAGAACAUUGGUUGCCUCAAAUGGAAGGCUUAGAGGAAAUUGUUGCUAUUCGUCAAAUACCUUCCAUUCAUAUACUAAUGAGCCUAGAUGCCAUAAAUGAUGAUGUGCAUGAUGUGCAAAAGCCGAAUACAAAAGGAGACAUUUGGUUUAGCGAUGGUAAUAAUACGCCGUCAACAUCCGCAGAACACAAUUAUAGACAACGUUAUGAUAAUAAUACGUCGAGGCGGCCGAAUCAAAACAGGCGAAGACCAAAGCCACAAAGCGAACAACGGCAACUCACCAACACAAAUGAAAACAAUAACCAAAACAGUAAUAAUGCCUCCCCUUCAGAUAUCGAUCAACAGGAAAAAUCUCAGAAAAAAAAAUCUCAUAAGAGUAAUCAACAGAAGCCAAAGUUUAGAAGACCGCAAAAUCAAGCGAAACCGAAUGUAAGUGCAGAGCGCACCAGUGAGUCUAUGGAUACAUAAAAGGGUAUUACUGAAAAGCAACCAGCCAUACGUGCAGCUUCAUCCGAUUUAGAUGAUUUUAAUUCCUUUUAAAUUAAAUAUUAAUUUAAUGCUUGCUAAAAUUUCGGCUUUCAGUUAAUUGUUAGAUAAAGUAAAAAAUGUCAUACUUUCAGUUACAUGCUUAAGACAAAAAGAAAAGUUUCUUUCUCAAAAAGGCCUGCAUAU